AUGUAUCCGUUCGGAGCAGGGUUUUAUGCUCCAGAAUCAUCACAAAGGUUCCGUGGCCAGCCUCCCAAGCCUGCUGCUGCGCCUGAGGUACUACCGUCAAGGUCAAGAAGUAUAUCUGCUAGCGAACACGAGUUGAUAUCGUACAUCUUCCCCGACUUCAAUGCUGUGAAAUACUUCCAGAAGGAAUUCAAGAUGUUAAAUGAGUUCUACAUUGUCGAGGAGACAGAGUGCUCGGGUUUUGAGAUCUAUUUAGUGGACCAAUGGAUUCGAGCCCGUAAGAUCGGUACUGUUGUGUCUGCAUUUCACGGAAACUAUGAGUCAAAAGUGAAGGUUAUCAAGUUUACCAUAGUUAAGAAGCCUCCUAAGCAGUAUCCGCCUCGGUUCCAGGAAUAUUUGAACGAGGUGUUGCUUAAUCAUGCCACGUUCAAGAAGCGAGACUUAGCCUCCGAAUUGGGGACAGAGGUGACAGAUGGCGAUGAGGAAGGAACUCAGCCUGAAACAACGCCCGAAUUUCUUUUGGUUACCAAUAUCACUGCCCUUCCAUCGAAUCUCAACUUGAUUCCUAUUCCGGGAGGAGAUACACGUAAAGUGGAGUCGAUAUUUCUGAUCAACUCCAAUUUAAGAAAAUUAAAUUGUGGUGGUCGUUCCGUGUCAUUGAUUGCUGAUAAGGUCUCUGAUGCAUCCGAGGAUAAGUUUCGACAGAUGUACCGAAUCUUCAAUUCGUCAGUACCCAUUAAGUUUGCAAUUAAAGAGUUAGUUGAUUUGAUCCAAACUUGCUUGUUCUACUUCGACUUGUUGGAUGCACGGUACUGUGAUGGUCUACUCUGUAUGAAAACCGAAGAUGCCAUCAAUUCUUGGUGGAAUUUGAUCGGACUCCCUCAUUUCAACACCAAACCAAACCCAAAGGCCGGUAUUCUUCCUGCCAAGACCGUGGCAGCCAUAAUAAGCUUAACAAUAAGUGUCAAGAUGCGGUUGCAGAAUUUUGGAGGCUGUGAUGUUCCGAAGGAUCCCUUCGACUUUGAGAACUUUAUGAUCUCAAUCGGCCAGUUCCAGAAGCAGGUUAAAAUCGAGAAGAAACGGAAGUUAGACUUGAUCACACUUCAGAGGCUUUUCUUUUUAACUAAUCAGAAAUUCAAUUCGGACAGGCAGGUCUUUGGCGGUCAUGAUUUGUCCCUCGCAGAUGUGGAUCGCUAUCUUUAUGAUGCAUCCCUCAAUUCCUCUACGACAUCGGCAAAAUCAUAUCUCUCGGGCACUCACUCUGCUAACCCAUCAGCAUACAGAAGAAACAAACUACAUUAUUCCAAGGAACUCAAGAAGUUGACUAAUGUGGUUAAGAAUACCGUUCAGGACCAUAUUAUCACUCGCGAGGAGAGUGAUAACUUCUACACGGAUCCCGUGAAAGUGAAGCUGAGCAAUUUACGAAGCAAAAUUGCCUCGAAAUUAAGUGAAGCUAUUGCUCCUGCGGAUGUGGAGACAAUUGACUUGGACAUCUUAGUGCGGAAGUUUCUUGUUGGAAUGCGUUUGACGAGGUUAUGGCAUGGUUUGUCGUCACAUUCGGGUCAAAUUUCGUCAUUAAACAAAGACGAGUCUAAGAACACUGCCUCCCUCCGUCAAUCACAACACCGUCAUGGAAGUUAUCAUCUUCGCCACCAGAGCAUACAUGAUAGAAAUGGUGAACAAAAUGGAUCUGCUCAUAGUAACGCUCCAGAAACAGAAGAUCCGAAAUACCAAUUUGUGAGUCUCCGUGACAAGAUUUCAAUGAACCAGGAGUUCAGCAAUCAGCAUUCAGAUAAAGCUGGACGUCUUGGAAGAAUGAAAUACGCAUUUCAGGGGAAAAGACAGAACUCAUUUCAGAAGUUGAACAUUUUAUCAGAUACCAUGAGCAACCAAAAAAUCGAGACUCCUCCGAAGUUGGGAGGUUCGACAGUCGGUAGUGAACUUCAAAGUCCCAACAAUGAUUCCCCUAAGUGUCCAGAGGAUCUUCCUGACAAGUUCUGCAAGUUCGAGCGGAAGAACCCAAUCAAGAGCACUUUCACCAGAAGAGGAUCGUAUCCUCUUAUUUUCUCGGGUUCUGAGGCUUCAACAAGCAUUAUGGAGCAAUUUAGGAAUGAGAAGUAUGAGGAACUGAAAAAGAAGGGUUUGAGCAUCAAAAAGGUUAACAAGAGCGCCAGCUUUUCUAGUUUGGAAGACUAUUUCUGUGGAUCCUCCGAGCUAUACACACUAGAGAAAGCACGGGCGGACUACACUGAUUUAGUUUCGAAAGUGCUUUUGUUAGAGUACGCAAGGAGAUCUGCCAGAAGAUAUGAGGAUGAUAGUCUUGAUAAGACUUACAGACAUAUUAAUAUGGAACUCGUAAAGCUUCAAAAUAUGAAAAAUCAUAUGGAUACGAGAAGAGCUGUCAUCGAUAAAGAGUAUUCUGCGGUUCUAACUGGACGAAUGAAAGAUCUCAAAGACAAUAUCGACCGAAUGUCAUUUCGAUCUCGCGAUUUGUUGAAGAGAAUCAACGAGCUAGAUGGCAACGCGAAAAAGUUCGAGUUCAAACUACACCAGGAGUGUAACUUGAAGUUGGAAGAUAUUGUUGAGGGGUUGAUCCAUUCGACGAAAUUCCGAAAAGUCUUCAAGGAUGAAGACGAACGUCAAAAGCUUAUCUAUCAAUUGAGCGGUCGAAAUUAUCGCGAAGAAACAGACUUGGACAGUGAUGACAAAUUCUGGGGAGUCAGACCGUUGAUAAUUUUCAUGUAUGAGAUGUUGUCGUUUGUUCUUCAGGUGUUCAACUUUGACAGGUCGAAGAUGAACUUGGAUCGUAUUCGCCAGCAAUGGGACAAGCUAGAUCCUAACCGGCGCUACAUUACAAAGGCAUAUCACUUUGUUGGCCGUGAUCUGGUAAGUAUGCUGCGAGGCAGCUCUUCCAGCCGUGAGCCGGGUGUAGAUGGAAAAUAA